AUGUUUGAUGAUGCUGCGAAAGGAAUGCCAUGCCUUUUCAAAUCUUUCUGUUACAUCUUGUCGAAUUUUACGACAGCUCGACUAGAAUCCAACUACUACAUUGAGGAUCUCUUGCCUGAUCCAAAAACUCUCCUGACACUCCCCCUUCUCAGCCAACUGUCGAGCAUCCUCCAUGAUAACAUCUGCUGGGAGGAUUUCAAGCAACUCCAUUUCUACAAACCAGACAGUAACCUUGCUGAAGCCACUAUUGUUGCCAACAAUAUCACCUCAGUCCAUGGUGUGGCUGUCCUUCUCGUCUCCGGAAAGAUAGUUAAGACCGGCGAAGAUGCCAUCUUUGGAGCCUUUAUUCCUGAGCCGUCCAAGGAUGGGAGCAACAUCCAACCACGAGAUGAGGACCGUGAUGAUCUGUUCUCUUGCUUUCUAUUUGAGCUAAGUCCCGUACAUGAUGUGUCUUGGGGAAAUGUUGGACGACCUGGGUGGUCAGUAACCGGGAAUGAUGAACUCUGCUUUGGAGAAAACGGCAACGGUGCGGCCUUGGUGCUUGGGAAGAGUUUGGAGACAGCCAGUUUAAUCCGGAAUGUGGAACAACAGGAUCCGGUAUUUAUUGCUAAUGCAUGGAGAGGGAAUGGUUCUAUGCAGCUGGAUGUCGAGGCGAUUGAGGUGUGGGCUGAGUUAUCCCCAGAUCAAGACAAAUAUGAGUAUGAUUAG